AUGCUCCUUAUAGGGCUGACAGGGUCCAUCGCGACGGGAAAGUCGACCGUUUCGAGCCUGCUGUCCGCGCCUCCCUAUUCGCUACCCAUCAUCGACGCCGAUCUGCUGGCCCGUAAGGUCGUCGAACCCGGCACCUCAGGCUACAAUGCCAUCGUGAAGCACUUUGGCGAAGGCAUCCUCGUCCCCGCCGGCGGUGACGCCCAGAUGCCCGAGCGCGGGACCGACGGCAAGGGCCGGCCCUUGGACCGCCCGGCGCUGGGCCGGCGCGUCUUUGGCGACGCCGAGGAGGCGCGCAAGAACCGCGCCGUGCUCAACGGCAUCGUGCACCCGGCCGUGCGGCGCGAGAUGUACCGCCAGCUGGCGCUCUGCUACCUGCGGGGCCACUGGGCCGUCGUGCUCGACGUGCCCCUGCUGUUCGAGAGCGCCAUCGACACCAUCUGCGGCGCCGUCGUCGUGGUCGCCGUGCGCGACCCGGCGGUGCAGAUGCGGCGGCUGCGCGAGCGCGACCCGCACCUCAGCGCCGGGGACGCGGAGAACAGGGUGCGCAGCCAGGGCGACGUGCGGGACAAGGCGCGGCGGUGCGAGGCCCGCGGCGCGGGCAAGGGGUACGUCGUGUGGAACGACGCGAGCCGCGAGGAGCUGGCGGUCGAGCUGGCCAGGGUCAUGGAGCAGGUGCGGGCGCGCAGCCCGUCGUGGUGGAGCUGGGCGAUGCUGCUGUGCCCGCCGCUCGGGCUCGCGGUCGGGGCGUGGACGUACUGGCAGAACCUGGGGGUCAACAAGCGGUGGAAGAGGCAGGAGGACGAGGCCAAGGCCAAGCUGUGA